AUGGUUUCGUUUUUCUUUUUGUCGGUUAUGAGUCGUGGAAGGAGGGGGCCGGCGACGGAGGUGUGGCAGCAGGUUCCGGAGAGAAGAAGAGACAUGGAUGGACAGAAGGAAGAUAACAGACAGACGCAACAGAUUACAAAAUUUUACGUAGCAAACAUCCCAGAGAAGUGUUCGGUUGAGGAUAUCAAGAGUGCUCUUAAGGAGUAUGGAACCAUAGAUGGUGUUUAUGUGGCUAGAAAAAUCAAUAAGUAUGGCCAGAGAUUUGCAUUCGUAAAUUUUGUGGUAGUUAAUAAUAAACAUGAUAUGGAAACAAGGAUGAGGAACAUAAAGAUUGGAGAUGAGAGACUGUUCAUUACUAUUGGGAAAUUCGUUGAUGGUAAGAUUUUGGGUAAGGAGGUUAAAGUUAAUGAUGUUCACCAUAAGAUAGAUGGGGAGAUUGGUGACCGUAAUAAAUUAGAUGGGGAAAAUAAAAAACCAAAUGAAGAAAAAGUGGCUUCAAAUGAGAACGGUGGUGGUAGUAUGCAUGGCUAUGGGGGAAGGUCGUUCCGUGAUACGUUAAUCAAUAAACAACCAGACGUAGACAUUACAGUUGAUCCUGAAAUCAAUGCUUUUUCUAUAUGGUGUGACAGAGCGGUUAUUGGUCGGGCGAAGGAUUUUCAGAGACUGAUUAAUCUCCAAAACUGGGUUCUGGAGAGGUUACUGAAUGGCGUAGGGAUUAAAUAUGUGGGCGGUCUUUCCGUUAUGUUGGUUUUUGAUAAUGAAUUAGAGGCGGCAUUGUUUUUAUCAGAUGAGGCGAAGUGGAAGGAGUCGUUUUCUAAGGUGGCGGUGUGGAAAGGACAGGUUUUGGUCAAUGAAAGGAUCGCCUGGUUAAAGAUUUUUGGGGUUCCAACAUGUAUUGCUGAUAAUGCUGUUUUUAAUCAAAUUGGAGCUAAAUUUGGUCCGAUUAUGCAGCCGGCACAAUUAACUGACGAAGACGGGGAUUUGUCUUACGUGUGCAUUGGAGUCCUUGUGGGCGAAGUAAACCGAAUUAAUCAAAUGGUGUCUAUCCGGUGGCAUGAUAAAAUGUUUAGAGCGAGGGUGGAAGAAGAACAGAACGAUUGGAUUCCGGAUUGUUUAAUUGAUGAGGAAGAUGUAUCUGAGGAGUCGGGUUCGAUGGAAGUACGAUCGGUUGCAGAUGAUGAUGAUUCAGGUGACCGGAAUAUGGUUACCGGUGAGGAUGUUCCGUCGUAG